AUGUGGCUCUACAUCUCGCGUCUGGCGCCUAGUGUGACUGACGAACAGGUCGCCUCGAUGGUCACAAACUGCCUUGGUUCGGGAGAGUACAUCGUCAAAAGAUUGUUGAGGAAGGAUGCGGACACUGCCACUCUGUCCUUCUUGUCGUUUAAAGUUGGAUUACCCGAGACCAUGCGCCACAAGGCUCUUCAACCGACCACAUGGCCGAGCGGCGUACAGAUCCGUGAGUUUGUUGACUAUCAUGCUCACCCCUCCGCUCCGCUGACUGAAUUGGAAGCUCCUUUAAACCCAAUGCCGUACCUUGCUGCCAUGACUCCACCGCUUGCCGUUAACGACUCUCGUGCGCUCCUUCAGACGGCACCACCUACCACUAUCACGAGCGCACCAAGCAGCGUCUCACCGCUAUCUCCGAGACAGCCGAACAAGCGCCAACGGUCCGGCAGACUUAACGAUGCACCUACCGAUUAG